UUCGAAUUGUCAGUUGGGACACAAUGAAGGAAUGAUUUUUAGGGUAUUUCCUUGAACAUAUAUUUUUUUAUUUAUUCAAAAAAGAUAAACCUAUUUCAUAAUUUGUUAUGCUUGGUGAUGUAGUUUCAUAACAAAAUCUAACUAAACGACAAAAAUCAGCUGGACAAAAAUUUCUAUCUUUUUUGAGAAUCAGCCAUAUAUCGAAAGAGUCGAAAUCGCAAGCCAGUCGCGGUCCGUCUGGUACUUUCAAGACGAAUUUCUUAACAUACAUCAAAGACGGAUAUUUGGCCGUUUUCGAAUAUUCGAAAAUUAAUACGCUAUUAAGUUGUCUGUUGCCUGUGAAUUUGAAACCGCAGGUCAAAUUAAUAAACACUUUGAUACAAAUCAUUGAAUGGCCCUUUUUAUAAACCGUGCGAUGCGAUCACAUGGGGAAGGCAGGAUAAUGUCAACGAUCAAUAGUAUUACGAAAAUGAAUUGGUGAUUCGUACAUUGAAAAUUUUGUGCACAACAUGGUGUCUGGGGACCACGAGAGAUUGCUGCCCGAGCCGGAGAAUUACGUGAAAUGUUUUUAUGAUCUGUUUAAAAGCAUCGCCGAGGCACAGAGAAAUAAAGAAGAGUGGAGAAAAUGUAAAAAAAAUAAAUCUAUAAGGAAGAGGGACAGGAAAAAGAUUGAUUUAAACGGGGACUUGAAUUUUAAUAAUCCACCAGAAAUAGAAUUAUCUUGCAAUGCCUCUGCAUUUGCUGUAUUUGCUAGUGUUAGAAAUGCUAUUUUGGAAAGGUAUGCUAAGACAACAACCGAAGUUUAUAGAGCAUCGAACUGCAAUUCUCCACCACCGGAGCUUAGUGAAACUAUUGAUACGGAAAGUGAUGAUGAAGAUAGGAUAUCAACUAUACAGAGCUUACCAAAGAUUGUAGGUAUUGGUUUAAGAAGUGUGUUCACAUUAAUGCGGGAAAGUAGAACAAUUGAACCUCUUUUAUGUACAAAAGCACUAUCGGCUUUACUGGAUGUAUUACAAGGACAACUUCCUGAAGGCCUCAAAUCUGAACCUGAUGAUGUUAUUGAUCCCCUUUUUGAUCUGCUAUUGGAUCUUGCAACUUCACAUGGCCCUGAAUCAGCAGCAGCCAACGAUGGUAGUCACUUGACUGCUGUUGCCUGUGCCUGUUUAUUGAGCCUUGUGGUUGUUAGAGGUGACACUGGUCGUUUGUUGGCAGCAACAGCUGCUUUACUUAUGUGUCCCAGAGCAUUAGCAGUUCAAAAUAUCCAAAUGCCAUGUGUGUUGACAUCUUUACAAAGAAGCGUACAAGCAGUUUUACUCGGAAAACUUGCGCGACCAGACUGGAUUACAUAUGGAGUUCCUAAAUGUUCUAAGAUUUAUACUUCUACGCUUAAGUUACCAAAUGAAAUAAAUAAUAUAAUACUGAAUGGAAGAAGUUUUGUGAGCGAUGGAAAGUACCUAUACCUACACACAAGUAGAGGAUUAUUGAAGAUUGGUAGUGGUCAUGGUGGAACUAUAUGGGGUCAUAUGUACAUUCAGAAGGCAGACUUUUACCCAACAGAAACGGGUUGGCUUGGAUACGCAAAUAAUACAUUAUAUUUUAAAUGUACACCCAGAAAACAGAGUGAAUUACUAAUUAUUGAUGCUGAAACUCUUGUAGUCACGGGAAUUGCUGUAUUAGAAGGUCGCGAUUGGUCAUCUUCUGUUAUGUUUUCUGAUGGUGAAUGUUUAGGAAUGAUAACAGCUGGAAAAGACGAUGGUUUUGUAGUUAGAACAAUAAACACAUUAAGUAAUCCAGUGACAGUCGCAUCAGAGUUGCCAUUAAAACUAGCCAGAAAAUGCGUAGAUGUUUUCGGAUAUGCUGCUUUCGAUGAAGAACAAGUUGUUCACGCAUUAAAUCCGGGCUGUGAUGAUGAAAUUGCAACCGUUACAGCAGGAAAAGAAUUUGCUGUAUUAAAAACAGUAUCUGGAAAAGUACUAUAUAGUGGAAAAGGAACCUCUCUUGGGAUGAAAAGUAACACAAGGCCUAAUAGAUGGGUAGAAUUGACCAUUGGAAAAGGCCCAAGACUUGUCAAUUUUGCAGCCGGUCAUGACGGUCAACAUGUCGUUAUGAUCCUGGAAGAUGGUUCAGUUUUGUUUGCUGGAACAGCCAGACGCGGAGAAGAUGGCGAUAGUAACAAAGUUCGGCGACAACCUAAGCCAGUUAAACCAAAAAAGAUAGCAAAAGUAGAUGGUCAGUUUAUUGUGGAUGCUGCCUGUAAUAAUGGCUCGACAGCUUUAGUCACAAAAGAAGGAUCCUUGUUAAUGUUUGGCAAAGAUACUUUGCACAGUGAUCCAGUUUCUGGAAUAGUUACCGAUCUCAAAGAUGUCUGUUGCGUUCACGUUUCGUUAGGAAAAGCUCACGCCGCCGUAUUGACUAACAAAGGUCAUUUAUAUACAUUUGGUAUCAACAAUAAAGGACAGUGCGGUAGAGAUUUCACAACAGUUCAUACUAUUAAUAAAGAUACCACAGUGGUUGCUAUGGAAAUGGGUACAGCAGAAGAUGAACUCUUAGUAACAGAAGAAGAUGGUGCGGAGCCUGCUGAAGAUUGGGAAGAAACAAGAAGGAUGUGUCCUCCAGGACAACAUCAAUGGCGGCACCGCGCCUGUAUGGUUUGCACAAUAUGUCGAGAAUGUACUGGGUAUAGUAUAUCGUGCUUGAGUGGUGUACGUCCAGAUCGCAACCCAGGCCAGGAAUGUGGAUGCGGUGGAGGUGACAGUGGAUGUGCGGAAUGUGGAUGUUGUCGCACUUGCGCGAGCAAAAGUUCUACUAAUGGUAGAAUAAGUUCAAAUUUUCGGGAAUGUUUACAAAGACGGUUGGGAGAAAUAAAGCUGAGACAGAGAACCAAGGCAGGUCCAAGCACUGCAAAGUAUGGAAUGAAGAUGAAAGGUCCGAAUAAUCAAAGAUUGGGUAGAUGUCUUCGUAAAAUAGGUGUACCGUCUGGACCAAGUGUGGCACAAAAAAGUUGUCCUGGGAAAAUGGCGUUAGGAUUGAGUAGUAAUUUAAUGCCCGAAGAAGGCGUUGGAGGAAGCGAUAUAGAACGAGGGGACGCGGCAAGAAUUGCUAGUAUACCACCAGCUAGAGUUCCUAUACCCAGCGAAAGUCCCGUGGUUCAAGUAUCGUGCGGCUUGCAUCACACAGUGGUACUCUUACAAAAUGGCGAAGUUUAUACAUUUGGAAGUAACGUAUAUGGCCAGUUAGGUGUGGGAGAUUUAAUAGCACACGCUGGACCAGUUCAUGUUAAAUUAUCAGGCAUAGCUACACAGGUUGCCGCUGGAAGUAAUCAUACUGUUGUACUUACAUCAAAGGGCGAAGUAUUUACGUUUGGAGCUUACCAAAAAGGACAAUUAGGUAUGAAUUGGUGGAAUGGUCAAAACGAAUCCUCAAAUACCAAUUCCCAAGGUAGUCGUCGUUCUGAUAGGACGCAGCCAUGGCAUAGUUUUCCAAACAUAGUUCCAAAUAUCGGUCCACGGUGGGGUAGGCGGGCAACGUGGGUCGGCGCAACUGGAGAUCAGACUUAUGUUAAAAUUGAUGAAAUAAAUUCUAUUAGUUUAACAAGGAGUACUGUUAUGGCAAAUAAAAACUGCAUAAUAUUAAUUCCACAUCAAAACGAUCAAGCGAAUUCGUUCAAAUGUUUAGUCAUAAGCAAAAGGGAUGGCACUUGUAAUAGUUACAGCGGGACAGAUCAAGUUGACUUCAAUAAUUGCGCAGCAUGUUUAGAUCCUUUGUAUAACGUAAUUUGGACUUUUAAUCCGACUAAUAAUGAAAUAAGUUUAUAUAAUAUUAUAUCAACGGAAAUUAGAACGAUUCCUGGUUUGGAAGUUUCCAUCCUAAGUCCAGGUUUGGCACUGCCUGUAGUAUCGAAUUGUUUCGUAACGCGUUCUCAAGCUGCGAUGCAUUUAUUGGGUUGCUUGGACACCCUCACGCAAUCACAAGAUGAAAAUUUGUCUAUAAUCGAAGAGAACGAAUGCAAUCAAGCAACGCAUGGCAAAGUAUACAGUCGCGAAGACUUUGUUACGGUUAAUAGAUUCGAAAGUCAUGGUGGUGGUUGGGGUUACUCUGCUCAUUCGAUCGAGGCUAUCAGAUUUAUGCCCUAUACUGACAUUUUACUUGGCGGAUACGGUUUGUUCGGAGGUCGUGGAGAAUAUACAGCAAAAAUAAAACUCUUUGACAUUGGUAUGGAUGGAGGGGAUCAAGAAAAUGAUGGCGAACUUUUGGCAGAAUCUGAAGAAAUACCGUACGAAUGUGGAUCAAGACAAAAAUAUUCUAUUUUAUUUGACGAACCAGUUCCGUUGCAAGCAAACAGGUGGUAUGUUGCGUGGGCCAAAGUCAGUGGCCCUUCUAGUGACUGCGGAUCUGGUGGUCAAGGAAUGGUCACAGCCGAAGAUCAAGUUAUGUUUUAUUUUAAAUCUUCGAAAAGAUCCAAUAAUGGAACGGAUGUGAAUGCUGGCCAAAUUCCUCAAUUAUUGUACCGAGUUGUCACACCCGAAAAUCAAACUCCUAAUAGGCAAAGGGAUCAAAUUGAGCCGGUAUACGUGUUAAAAAGAGAUUUCAGUAGAACGGUCACCAAAGAAUGUUUUCAGUCAUUGAUAUCCCUUCUUCAGUGGAGUUGGAAUACAUUAAAAGCAGCACUAAGCGAUACCAUGUCUCAUGCCACUUCUUCGUCUCACGCAUUACUUGAAAUGGAACGUUUAGUUUAUAUUAGUAAAGCUAGUUUACGGUUACUUAGAACUUACACCAGCGAAAUUUAUCCGAAUCAAGUCGGCAAAAAAACCCCGGCCGAGUCGGUGCGCCUAGCUGAAUGUAUAGGCGAAGUUCGUGCAUUGUUGCAUCAAAUUUUAUCCGAUACUGUGCCAUUCAAUACAAAAAGUAAAGGAAAAAUGCGUUUUAACAAAAGUUCGGGUGCCAUACAGAAUAAGAUGCCGAAUAGCAUAUUAGACGAGUGCCAUAGAACGUUUGUCGCUUGUUACCAUGCAUUUUAUCCUACAGCAUAUUUAAAGUGGACGUGUCUGUGCGAAUUGUUGUCUGAAAUUGAUAGAGAACAAGGGAGGACUACAAAGGAUAGGCUCCUAUCGGCCGUGCUGGCUUCUUUGUGCAAUCCUGCUAUCCGUCUUCGAUGUACAUUUCCAAUUUUAAAUAAUAUUAUGGAUAAUAGCGACAGCAUAAAUCGACAACUUAGUCCAUCCGACAAUACCGGCUUACUAAUGAUAAACUCGACUGAAAAUCAUCAGUAUCCAAUUUUGGUUGAGCAGAUCAGUUACAAGUCUCAGGUGGAAAGUUCUGGCAAAGAGAGCAUAAAUUGGACGUUUCGCGAUGUCCUCGACAGACUUUUAGAUCUGAUCCUAGUCCCUGUGAAGAAAAGUCUUUGCAGAGAGAAGACUCAAUCACUGCCAGAGUUGAUUCUUCAUUGCUGUUAUUUAUUGGCACGUGUCAUCGCCGAGUUAGCGGCACAGUCGAGUGGAAAUGAAGACGAACUCCAAGCUGCUUGCGGCAGACUUAUCUACACCACGCCUUCAAGAUUCACCCGAGUGAAUCAAACAAGAUCGUGGAACACUGGCAACGGUUCACCAGAUGCAAUAUGCUUUUCGGUCGAUCGACCUGGUAUUGUUAUUGCUGGAGUGGGCAUCUACGGAGGUGUUGGAGUGUAUGAUUAUGAAUUGGAGCUACUCGAUGAUCAAAAUAACACAGGCAACGAUCCGUCUCACACUCAACGUUGGAGUAGUUUGGAUUUUACACGCGGAUCUUUUGGACCGGAUGAUUGCGUUAAUGACAUAGUAGAAUUAAAGUUUGAUAAACCCGUGCCCAUCAAGGAAAACGUGAAGUACGCCAUUAGAUUGAGAAACCGCGGUGGGCGUACAAGUAAUGGCGACGGCGGCCUGAGCGUUGUCAAAGGAUCAGACGGAACAACUUUUACUUUCACGGCUUGUUCCUUGAGCUUUAAUGGUACAACGCAAACCAGAGGUCAAAUACCGCACAUCCUCUAUUACUCAAACCCUCAAGAUUCUGACGGUCAACACACAAGCAAGGCGAUGGCUGAAGUGCAGGCAAGGAAGUGUACCCUUGCUAUGACUGCCACGAUUAUUCAACGGUCCAACGAAAUUCUCGCAUUAGCAAGAGAGAGGGCAGAAGAAGUGGUAGCCACCGAAGUACUCGGGAAUGCGACAUUCGUGACAACCCUCUUACCAUUGGUCAUGGCUCAUAUUAGUCCUUUAGCCACGUCAGAUCCCCGAAGUGGAGUACAGGUUCUUACUUUGAUACAAGAGAUGCUUCCCCAUGUCGCGGCACUUAAUUUACUAUCUACGAUGGGAUCAUCCCAAAUAUCUCAAGAUGGCGAAGUUCAAUCCCACGUUUCGCCACCCAUCACCACUAGUCAUCAUUACGCGUGGUUGGAAAGCGAUCACCCUUAUAAACCUGCUACGGUAUCCCAUUACAAAGUUACCUUCCCGGAUACAGUUAAAUGGUUAACCAUUGAAUUCACUCCGGAGUGUGGUACCGCCCAGCCGGAGGAUUAUUUGCAACUCUACAUUCCCAAUAUAAUUUCAAAUUCCCUGACAGGGACAAACGUGAAUGCAUCGCUAGAAGAUACGCCUUUACAUUGGCCCGUGCUACACAAGCUGAGCAAUGUGCAAAAUCUGUGGCCUCAAAACGCGGUCGUAUUACCUGGGAACGAAGUAAUAUUCUCGUUGGAAACUGCGUCGGAUUACAUGAAAAAUGAGAGAGCAGUUACGUACGGAUUUAAGUGCUUGGUUAUCGGAUACGAUUGGAUAACGUCGGGGAAUGGUUUGAAAAAUUUGGAAACUGAAUUAUCAUUCCUUGGCGGAGCUUGUGCUGCGAGUCUCAUAAAGAAGAACCUCGCGUUACCACCUGUGUCUAAUGAAGAAGUAGAAGAGGAUUUGGAGUUGAUGCAAGAAACAGCAAAGAGGAUUUUCUCCGUUCAUUCAACGCUACUUGGACGAGGAUUCGCCUUGGCGUCACCCCCUACCGUCUCCCAGGCUCUCGAUGGCGUUCUUCCAUUCAGUUGUCAUUCGAACGAACGACUCUUCCUAAGAGAUUUCGUCUCCUGCACUGUCGGCACGAGCGGAGGUCGCUUGGCAAGAUGGUUGCAACCGGACAGCUUCGUGGAUCCAUCGAAAUGCGAGGCACUUUAUUCCAAGGACAAAAUGAAAUGUGGAUGGCCUGCGAUAGUUACCAUACUCACCAGAGACCAGUACGGGGACGUCGUUCACGUGCCCAAUUUAAAGGUCGAGGUGAAGGCAGUCCCCAUAGACAAGAAGGACUUGGCAGAUUCCGAACAAGGAAGAAGGAUUCGACGAGUGUCUCAGCCCGAUCCGAUGACCUUCGGUGGUCAUCCUCAACCUUCGUUGGACGUGCCGUACGAGGUCACGAUCAACAAUAAGACGUGCUUCUAUGCAAUUACUAUCAUGAAGGCUUAUCAGAACUACUCGUUCGAGGAGUUAAGGUUUAUGUCACCGGCUAUAAAGCGAUCAAGCGAGAGUAUGUUGGUGAGACCUAACGGCGAUGGAAGCUACAGCGCGACCUGGACUCCGUCGUCCGUGGGAUGGUAUUCGCUUAUGAUCACGGUGGACGGUUACAAUAUGGACGAUAAUUACAAAGUUGAAGUGAAGGAGCCACCACAGGGCAUGCAGCCACCUACGCAGAAUAUCGUGAAGAAGCCGCAGCAUCAACCUAACAGACUCAGGAAAUUCAUGGCGAAGAAUAGCGCGGGCUUGAGGAUCAGAGCCCAUCCUUCCCUUCAGAGCGAGCAAAUUGGCUUCGUUUCAGUUAAUGAUACUAUAGCCUUCAUAGACGAGAUUCACAACGACGAUGGCGUUUGGUUGCGAUUGAACGCGGAAACGAUCAAGCAGUAUUGCAGUAGCAGCCACCUGGAGGCCUGGUGCCUGCAGUACAAUCAACACCUGGGAAAGACCUUGCUUCUCCCAGUCGAGGAGCCCAAGUCCAUCCUGGAUCAAGUCAUCAAGGAAACCAUUCUGCGCAAGCGGCCCGAAGUGGUCGAGGAUAAAAGGAAAACGGUCACCUUUGACUCCGGUAGAAGCAUGGUCGUCGUGAAAUGCGGUGCAUCGGGUCACAAUAUCAGAAGCAGACCCAAUCUGAAGGCAGCGCCUGUGGGAAUGCUAGCUCAUGGCAACACGGUGACCGUUCAGGACUACUUUGUAAACAGCGAAGGUACUUGGGUGCGCAUCGACGACGACUCGAUGGCCAAGUACUGCUUCGACAGAGGCCGCGUGGCGGAAGGCGAAGCUUGGUCCCUCGCCAUCAACAAACACGGCGUGGCUUACAUGAAGAUCGAGCACGAUCUCGAGAACGAUCCGAUGGAGAAGAAACCAGUGAUAGCAGAUCCGUCCGUUUCACCUAGUCAUAAAGGUUUCGAUUUCUCCGUGCCUUCCGCGAGCCACGAGGGAUUCAAUUUCUCCACGCAGAAUUACACGCCGGGAACCGCAGAGUCUGGAGAGGGCAGCAAUACGAAUCCAUUUAUUUUUGGCUCGUACGUUCAGCAAGAUUCGCCAGGAAGCGAUAGAUUCGCGCUGGAGAAGAUCGACGUUUCGCCAAAGUUCUCGAAGCCCCAUUCCAAGGAAAGAGUGGCAAAGGAAAGGGAGCGUGAAGGCGGCGGUGGGAAAUUCAGCGUUUUGCAGAAGUGGCUGAGAGGCGACGACAAGUGUCACGGAGAGAAGAGAAGUUCUCCUGGCAGGGAUUUUUCCGAGUUCGUCGGGGUAUCUGUGAAGGAGCUGGUGAAGGCGAUGGGCGAGAGCAGGGCGAAUGGCAACGGAGCCACGCCGCCCGAGACGCCGAGAAGGCUGUCGAGAAGCUCUUCGCCGAAGAAUCCCCAAGGUGGGUCACCAAGAUUUCACAGCCCGUCCUCUAGCCCGGUUCAGAUACCUGGUGGGAGAAGCUUGAUAGGAGGGGGAGAUAGUAUAAGUAGCAGCCCUGUGCUCUGUGGCUCCCCCCGAAGUGUCGGCCUCUCCCCGUUAGUCUCCGGUGGUAUGCUGGACAGCACCACGUCGCAACGACGGGGAUCAACGCAGAGCGAUACAAGUGCCUUGGUCAGUAGUCUAACGAGGGAUCCUUCUCAGUCUCCCAGCGCUGUUAGCACAACUGCCAACACCCGCGACCUUUCUCCGAGUCCGAGUUGUAGUUCAUUACACAUGAGGUCCGAGGGUAGCAUAGCCAGUCCACCGGAUACCCCGAAGAAAGAUAGCGGAGAUUCUCAAGGUAGUCCACGGAAAGUCUCCCAGGCGCAGACCCAGACGAGUCCCGAGAGCGCGACGACAGCCAUGAAGGGUCACUUCAGCAUCGGUUCCGUUGGUCCCAAGGAGGAGCGUCAUUCGCCAAAGCUGAGUAGAAGGGAUCACACGAAGAUAGUGAAGACCAGGGCGAAACGCGCGAUGUCUCCAGCCAGCUCGCACCAAAGUACGAAUGCGAGUCGAACGUUGAACUUGAGCAAGGAGAAGGCGAAGGAAGCCAUCAGUCCGUCUGUGGCGGAGUGUCUGAGAGCCGUGUUCGCGGCGUUCCUUUGGCACGAAGGGAUCGUCCACGACGCGAUGGCCUGCGCGAGUUUUCUCAAGUUUCACCCGAGUUUGCCGAAACAGGGCGCCCUGGUUGUGACGAGGCAAGCAGUGGUGCAGCCCAACGACAAGCAAACGCAAGAGCAAAAGGCCAGGCAGCGACACUCCGUCGAGGUAACCAACGCUGGGAACUAUUUGCACAUUCAGCCCAGUACGUUGGAAACCCUAACGCGGUCUGCUGCGAACGCGAAUGCGAACAGGAGCAGGAAGAAGCAGGAGAUCACCAUCAAGGAAGAGGUUCAAGCGAACGGCAAACUCGGUUCUCUUCCAGAAUUUCAAACAGUAGCGGUCCUGCCACCCGCCUUGAAGAGCUUGGUGUUCCUGUGGGAGGAGCUCAGCACUAAUUGUCUCCAAGCCAUCGAGCAACAAUCGGUUCUGCCGAGUCCUAUAUCGCAGAUACAAACGAUGAAGCUGAGUAGUAAACGACCGGUACCAGAGAAACGGCCUCGAGAGGACAAGCUGAAAGAUCGCGAGAAGAAAGGCAGCAGGAAGAAGAAAGAAUGGAAACCAGUUGGAAGGGGAAACGGGGCCGAAGUGUUGGGUAGCAUAGAACGCGAAACUAUAUGUGAACUGUGCGGUCUGAUGUUUCCUCAUCCGGUGACUUAUCACAUGAAGAUGAUGCAUCCCGGUUGCGGGUGGCACGCGGGCGGGAAAGGUUACAACAGCGGCGGGAAUUAUUGCAUCGGUUGGGCGGGGAACUGUGGGGACGGUGGCGUGGGUGGUAGUUCGUGGUACCUAAUCUGUGAUACGUGUCGCGAUAAGUAUCUGAGAGCUCGAAAGCUGAAGCUCAUGAAGAAAUUUUUGACGGGAAUAUCGAAAAGGAAAAACGGCUCUGGGAAGAUCCUGUCGCCGAUCGCUAGUCCUAAUGGGAACGAAACGCACAUUGUCAUGAAGAACAAUGCUAUGUUCCUCUUAGACCUGGCUAGUGCAUCUGGCUUGAACAUUCCGAAACAACAAAGACGAUCUUCGCAAACGUUAACAUCGGUAGCUGAGAAUUACAGUCCCCCAGAGGCAGCUGGACCGUUUCCACCUACUGGUCCUUUUCAGUGUUUGCAAGCAUUGGGAGUGCAUCAUUCGCAAAGUCACGAUGAAAGGUACUACGAAGAGGCGUUAAGGCGUCAAAAUGGACAGCAGAACGCUUACGAGGGGAAUAGUGGCAUGUUUAACACUACCAACGGCCGGCCGGUGUCGGAAUAUCCCAUGAGCGACAGCGACAGCGAAAGUGGUAAAGGUCGUGGCAUGUUUCAUCGAUCUGUAUCGAUGUCUACCGGCGCUCCCUGGAUCAGAAAUUCUAACGAUGGUAGAGUUGUUAUGAUGCGUAAAAGAAAUAACAGUAGUAGCGAAAUGAACAAUGAUGCCGGUUCGUCCCUUCUGUGUUACCCUUCCGCGGCGCUUCAGAAAUUGGUACCGUCAAUGGACCAAUCCGCGAUCGUAUCCACGAGUCAAGCCGAAGUAACGAAUAACGACAGAAUAGAGAUACUCAUGAGGCCCGUGAUGUUGUUUGUCCUACAACAACAUAACUUGCAACAUUUACAACUUGCCAUGAAGCAAUCGCUCCGUCGCGCUGCCUGUCGAGUUUACGCGAUGCAGGCGUUAAACUGGCUGCUCAGGAGUGUUACUCAACCGAUAUGUCUGCAUGACUUGCUUUGGUGGUUCGUUGCUUCUUUGACACCAGCUGUGUCACCCGAGCCUAUAGACGCGAAUGACGAGGACAACCGAAUUGAGAAGAAAGAUGAUCACGACAUGGUUGGUGUAUGCGAGCAUCCUCUCAGCGACCUAGUAAUCGCAGGCGAAUCUGUUAAUCCUCUGCCAACAGUAUUUCAUACUUUGUUACAAACCAUUGCUGAUCUGAUGCUUCUGCCACCACUUGGAUCGCCACUACAGGAAGCUGCUAUCCGAUGCUGGGGCAUUAAAUUCACCCCUGCGGAUCAUAUGUUUCUCCACAGAAGUCACGUGUUUAGUAACAUCAGUAAAAUACUCUCAAGAUCCGAAGAAGAAGAGGAUGUCACUAUGAGUAUGCACGAAAGCCAUCAGUCGACCCAUUCUCAGCAAGUAACUAGUUCCGUGGAGGUUUUGAAAGACUUGACGUGUGGCGUUGAAAUCAAAGCCUCGAGUAGGCAGGCUAUGAUUGGUAGUUUGACUGACAACUCGACGGAAACUUUCUGGGAAUCUGGUGACGAGGACCGCAAUAAGAUUAAAACGAUUACCAUCAGCUGUGGCCAUCGUUCCCUUCCUCGAAUGAUAUAUAUUCAUAUUGAUAACUGUCGCGAUUUAACGCACAAGGUGUCCAGUGUCACAUUUCAAGCAGGCAGUAACGUAGAUGAAAUGGUCAAACUAAGAACCGUGGAGAUUGAAAGCCGAUCAGCUGGUUGGAUCAACUGUCCGGUUAUUGAUCCGCGUCAUGUUGUCGUGGGUCUCGAAUUAAAGAGCCCGGACAAUUCUUUACGAGUGCGGCAAAUAAGAAUUUUAGGCGAGGUCGAGGGGGAAGCCUUAAAAGUCGGAAAACAAUUGAGCGCUCAAAGGAUUCAACAGAGAAAUUGCGAAGCAGAAACAUUGAAAGUGUUCCGUUUGAUCACUUCUCAAGUAUUCGGCAAACUUAUACAAGGAGAGCAACCCCAACAGCAAGUGGAAUCUGCGGAAGGAGUUAACGAAGACUUGGAGGAUAGCAACGAUCUUCGAGAGCAUAUGGUUGGAAUUUUGUUCAGCAGAAAUAACCUAACGCAUCUACAAAAGCAAGUUUGCACGCAUAUCGUGCAAGCUAUUCGGAAAGAAACUAUUCGCCUAUGGGAAGAGUGGGAAACACUUCUAUGCUCGCCAACGCCUGCUAAUAGUUUGCUGAGCGAUAACAGCGAUUUACCAAAAGCAGCUGAUACCUAUUGCUUCGAAAUGCUAUCCAUGGUUCUUGCUUUAAGCGGUAGUUCGGUUGGACAGUACUAUCUAUCGCAUCAAUAUGGAUUACUGAAAGACUUAUUGAGUCUGUUACAUACUGGUUCAGCUAGAGUGCAGCGUCAAGUAACGGCUCUUUUGAAAAGAAUUUUACCCGAAAUCAAGCCAGAAACAUUGGCCAAUGUCAUCAAUGUUGAUCGAUUACCGCCCACAGACUUUAGCAUUGUUUCGGCUGCGAAUAAUGGGUUCACGCAUAGCACAGACUUUGAUCAACACGCUCCAGGGAUUCUCGAUGUUUUCUUAAGUUGCAUUGCGAAAGCAUUAACGGUACAAGUUAAAGUAAAAGGUAAAGAAAACGGAAAGGCUCUACAAACUGCUGCAUUAGCAACGAGCAUACAUCCAAAGAGUUACGUUGGGUCAAGAUGGUGGUUAAGAGGAUGCAUGACUCGAAAGUUAGCUGAAGUGAUAAUUCAACUUCUGAAGGACAUGGCGUCCGGUAAAUUAUCAGACGCGUGGGCAUCCGUAACCAAAGCAGCCAUUGCUGAAAACAUUUUAAAUCUCACCAGACUAGACGAGAAAAGUCGCGAUCCCACGGAAUGCCUUCGAACUCCAACAUUAUGGUUGGCUCUAUCCUCCUUGUGCGUUUUGGACUCGGAUCACGUCGAAAGAUUAUCUUCUGGACAAUGGAGUGGGACUGAGGGACAACCACCACCACCUCGACCAACGUGUAGUAACCACGAUGACGGCGAAACAACGGCAAUAAUCCAGUGCAACGUUUGCGGAAACCUAUGUGCUGAAUGCGAUCGAAUUUUACAUUUGCAUAGAAGAACACAAAUGCAUGUAAGGCACGUUUGCAAGGAGGAGGAGGAAGCCAUACGGGUAGAUCUCCACGAAGGUUGUGGCCGAACGAAACUGUUCUGGAUUUUGGCCCUCGCCGACAGCAGAACGUUGAAAGCGUUGGUAGAGUUUCGCGAUGGUUCACCAAGGAAACCAGUUGGCGCCACGUCGGGAAUCUGCAGAUUCUGUGGCACCACUGGGAACACAGGCUUGCUAGCGAUAGGGAACAUUUGCUCGGAUCACGAUUGUCAAGAGCACGCUAAAAAUGCGUGCAGCAAGAUGCACCUAUGUGGACACAUCUGUGGAGGUGUUCGAAACGAGAAGACUUGUUUGCCUUGCCUCCACAGAUGUCUACCAGGCAGCGAUUUGAAACAAGACGCCGACGACAUGUGCAUGAUUUGUUUCACGGAGGCUUUGUCAGCAGCCCCAGCGAUUCAGUUGCAAUGUGGUCACGUUUUCCACCUGAAUUGCUGUAGGCACGUUUUAAUGAAACGAUGGGUAGGACCGAGAAUAACGUUUGGAUUCUCCCUGUGUCCGAUUUGCAAAGUGCCAAUGGAACAUCCGACCCUAACCGAGCAGUUGACAAGUAUUAACGAGUUGUACGAAGACGUUAAGAGAAAGGCUUUGAUGCGAAUGGAGUACGAAGGAUUACACAAGGCUGAAGCAACGUUUACUGGCGGAAAGUACCACCAAGAUCCUGCUGCGUAUGCAAUGGAACGAUACGCGUAUUACGUUUGUUACAAAUGCCAAAAGGCCUAUUACGGUGGUGAAGCUAGAUGUGACGCACAAGUAGGCGGAGAAUCGUUCGAUCCCACAGAAUUAGUAUGUGGAGGAUGUAGCGACGUGGCAAGGGCUCAGAUGUGUCCGAAGCACGGGACAGACUUCCUGGAGUACAAGUGCCGUUAUUGUUGCUCAGUGGCAGUCUUCUUUUGCUUUGGAACCACCCACUUCUGUAACCUCUGCCACGACGACUUCCAACGUGUCACCACCAUUCCAAAAGGUGAACUACCUUUGUGUCCCGCAGGACCAAAGGGAAAACAACUCGAAGGCGACGAGUGUCCAUUGCAUGUGAAACAUCCACCAACCGGAGAAGAGUUCGCGCUAGGUUGCGGCAUUUGCCGUAAUGCACACACUUUUUAAACAUUUUCGAAUUAAUUAGAUAUACACAGGAUAUGCAAACUAUCUCACGAUUUGUACUCGAUGUAACGCGGUUGGUGAUUCUCGGUGGAUCUUAUCAAUGCAACUAUAUUAAUGCAACUGGACCUAUAAAUCGAUGGGUAUCCUCGUAAUAAUUACGCAUCUCUAUUCGAAGUAAAAGCUACGGUGUGUACCGAUUUUUUCGAGAAUCCUUAUAAUUAUCGCAAUUGUGGAAUUGACGCAAUAUAACUGGAUGCAGGAGGAAUAAUCAAAUAGUCUGAACUGAAUAGAUACAAUCAUGAGUGAGAAUCUGAUGGUGAUGCGUGAAACUCUAAUACUUGUUAAGUAUUACAUAAGUCGUUUUUAUUGGUAAUUUUAGAAAUUACUAAAACGCAUAGAGGAAAGAUAGGAAGAAAGUUGUGCGUGUAUUAAACUUCCAUGGAAAGUGAACAAUGAGAGGGUACACGUACAUAAGUCAUGCGAUGUGUAGUGAUUUGUUUGGUAAAAUAUUCUAGAUGUAAGUGUUUAAUUUAAUGUACAGGUUGUUCCACCAAAAAGAGUAUACCUUGAUUUGCUCUUUUGAAUAAUAGAGAAAAGGGUUGCCUGCAGAGUUGUAUGGUACUUCAAAUAUUAUAAAUUUAGACUAUUGUAUCCAUUUAGUAACAUUAACUUAAUAUUCAAAUCUCCUAAAUAUCGCUUCCCACGAACUAGUGCCAUCGUAUUACUCCCCCCACGAAGAAUGUACAACUUUUGUAAGUAGCACAUCUUCCUAUUACUUGAUACAGCAGAUACGUUGAGGUAACUUGUUUCUAGCGGGACACCCUGAUAAUAUAAUUCUCUACACUAUUUGAGAUAUAUUUAAUUAUUAUCGACAAUGAUCCUAAUAAGUUAUGUAUGUAGGUAAAUUAUGUAUGUGAAAGAAGUGUGUUAUUUAAAAUUGCGAAUUAAACUGUGAAGUCUACAUAAAUUAAAGCAAAAAAAUAUAUAUAUAUAAACUUGAAUAAAAUAAAAAGUACAGUUUGUGCUUUAUGGAAUGUAUCAA